UAAAUAUGAGUAUUUAUAAUUUUAUUUGUAAUAUUGACCGGCAUGAACCGGCACAAACCGGUAUGUACCACCGGUCGAACAAUUCCACGUGCUAAACCGACACACUGACAUAAACCGGUUUGACAACGUUGGUAUAGAAAAAUUGAUUACUCAUGGGCCCAGAUAUGGCCCAACAUCAUGACUCUAGCCUUAAGAAAUAAACCGGUCCAUUUCAGAAUGUCGGCCCAUUAUCUGCUUCGUGGCCGUAAAAAUCUGGAAUUAGGGUUACGCCCUUCCAUCCUCAUCUGCGCGUAGCUGUUCUUGUUCCGGAGUUUACCUAAGCGCUUUUUCAUCACUGCGCCGCUUUCUCUCUUCUCCGGCAAGUGCAAGCUUCAUUUUUUAAGCUUCUCAUUACCCGCAGGAGUCCCACCAUGGAAGUAGAGGCCCCACUUCCAGUUCCGGCUCCAGCUCCGGCGUCAGUUACUGGUCCCAUGGACGUCAAAUUGUUCAAUCGCUGGGUGUUCGAUGAUAUUCAGAUCAAUGACAUUUCCUUGUCGGAUUAUAUUGGCGUCCAAGCGGCCAAGCAUGCAACAUUUGUCCCCCACACAGCUGGGAGGUACUCUGCCAAGCGAUUCAGGAAGGCUCAGUGCCCGAUCAUUGAGAGGCUUACCAACUCUCUUAUGAUGCACGGGAGAAACAAUGGUAAGAAGCUGAUGGCAGUCAGGAUUGUCAAGCACGCCAUGGAGAUCAUCCACCUCCUAACUGAUGCAAACCCAAUCCAAAUCAUCGUUGAUGCUGUGGUCAACAGCGGUCCUCGUGAAGAUGCAACUAGAAUUGGUUCGGCUGGUGUUGUGAGGCGUCAGGCCGUCGAUAUUUCUCCGCUCAGGCGUGUCAACCAGGCCCUGUACCUCCUGACCACUGGAGCUAGGGAGUCUGCUUUCCGUAACAUCAAGACUAUCGCUGAAUGCUUGGCUGAUGAACUCAUCAAUGCUGCAAAGGGAUCCUCGAACAGCUAUGCUAUCAAGAAGAAGGACGAGAUUGAGAGAGUUGCCAAAGCCAACCGUUAAGAGAUUUUUGUAUGUCUGCUGUUAUCUUCAGCUUUAGCCCGUGUGUGUUGCUGGAAAAUGUCAGGAGAAUUUUGCUGUUUGUCUUUUGAGGUUUAAGGUACUUUUAUUGUCAGUUGUUAGUGAAUACCGAGAGUUUGUUUUGGAAGCCGAAUGCUACAAUCGUUUAUUUGAUACUUCUAGCAAUGUCAUGCUGAAUCCUACCUUGAUUUUAAGGUUUAUUGCUAUCUCUCAUGUCAUUAUCUCCUUGUAUGUCUAUAUCUCGUUCUCUGUUGGUUAAAAUGGAACCCCAUAACAGUUUUAGGUAAGUUUACAGGUUCGUGUGUAUUUUUCAGACUCUCUCGUUUAUCUCUAGUUUCAGAGUUUGAACAAGAGUGAAAUGGAGUUUAAGAACUGAGAUGGAGAUAUGCAACUCACUUCUUCUUGACGUCACUUGGGAAAGCUUCAAAACUACAGCUUAAGUUGUUGUAAACACUUGUAGUUUUAACUUUCAAGCCACGUUCACUUGGCAAUGUCAGAAACAGGGAUAACUGCAAAAAAAACUUAACCAAGGUAGUGAUGGACAUUGGCCAAUCUGCCAAACUAAAUGGUCCAGAAACCCGAGGGUUCUACGUCUGGAGCUUUGCUCUAUGCUCGUUCAGUUCCUGCCAACGAUUUUCGAAUUCCAACUCAAAGUUGGACUUAAGAGGCUCCAAAAAAGGGAUCCUACAACUCAAAGAUGUUAUAUACCCAGGUUGUCAACCCGCGGGUUGACCCACUUUGACCCUGAUCCGGUGAGAAAAACGGGUCGCACGCACCCGCCGGGUCGACCGCUAUAAGGUGCUGGGUUGAAGGUCAAAUUGUGCCAUUUUUUUCUUUGUUUUGCGAAAUGCGCCUAUUUUCCGAUUUUUCUUUUCGCCUAACUCAAUCUUUGGAAUCCUAAGUGUGUGAAUUUUCACUAUAUGUUGAAUCUAAGUACAAAAUGUUAUUUUGGUGUAAUAUUAUAUGUUAUAACUCAUAUGUUAGAUGAGAUUUGAUAUAAUUUAUAAGGAUAAGUACAAUAUAAUGACGCUUUCCAU